AUGAAGUCAAUCAUCAACUCCGGCUUCGCCAACUGGGAUGCAUUCACAAAAGCGACCGGCCAACUCCUCGCAGACAUCAACGCCGCAGAGAAAAAGUACACUGCAGCACACGAGAUCUCCGGGAUCAGGGAUCUUCAGCAACGAAUUCGCGAAAACAAGAACGACGCCCUCCAAAGCGUACGCAAUGGAAUCGACUUCCCUCCAACGCUGCUUCAAGCUCAUCGCUUUGCUGCGUACUACAAGUCACCGGAAGCGUUUCUGGAAAGGAACAAGAACUUACGUGGAUUUGAAGAAUGUGCUGUGGACAGCAAGAAGAACCUUGCUUCCGCACUAAAGUUGGGUAUACGCAUGAAGAAAUUCGAUAUUGCUGUAUUGGAGAAGUUCCCGAAGCUGAGCGAAGAGUAUCAAGUUCUCAUUGCUUGUUUGAGUGGCCAACCGUAA